AUGGCGAGUGCGAAGACAUUUGACCUCGUUGUUGGAGUUGUUUUAGUUUUACAUUCUCUUGGGAGUGUUUUUCAAAUCACCGGAGAGGAGGUGACAGCAGUCGGGGCCUCCUAUUCACUGCAGCAGGGGCCGGUUCCGGACGAUGAUGUCACAGUGGAGGUGAGGAGAUGGAAGAGGUGGCUUGUGUCUGAGCCACGCCCCUUGGAUAGUAACAAGGCCAAUCAGGACAGUCAGGAAACAAACUCUGAUCCUGAAGGCUACCCUGGAAUUUUGCCCAACAACGACGCUGACAACAGCUCGCAGAUAGAGGAGGACACAGACCACAAUUACUAUACGUCCAAGACCUAUGGUCCCAACGAUCCCAUGAGCAAAGAAUUAUGGGUGAACAUCGAUCAGACGGACAAGGAGAAAGUGAAGAUCCACGGGAUCCUGUCCAACACACACAGACAGGCCGCGCGGGUGAACCUUUCCUUCGAUUUCCCCUUUUAUGGGCAUUUCCUGCGGGAGAUCACCGUGGCAACAGGGGGAUUUAUCUACACAGGAGAUGUGAUCCACAGAAUGCUAACGGCCACUCAGUAUAUUGCCCCACUGAUGGCGAACUUUGACCCCAGCCUGUCCAGGAACUCUACCGUGAUUUAUUUCGACAACGGUACUGCGCUGGUGGUGCAGUGGGAUCAUGUGCACCUGCAGGACUCGUAUAAUCUGGGCAGCUUCACUUUCCAGGCUACACUGCACAGUGACGGCAGAAUAGUCUUCGCUUACAAAGAGAUCCCCAUUCAGAUUGCUCAGAUCAGUUCCGUCAAUCACCCAGUCAAAGUUGGCCUUUCAGAUGCCUUUGUCGUCGUCCACAAGAUCCAACAGAUCCCCAAUGUACGCAGGAAGACCAUAUAUGAGUAUCAUCGUGUGGAGCUUCUCAAGACCAAAAUUACCAACAGCACUGCUGUGGAGAUGAUGCCUCUGCCCACAUGUAAUCAGUUCACUAGCUGUUCCACCUGCAUCAGCUCUCAAAUCAACUUUAACUGCAGCUGGUGUAACCGUCUCAGCAGGUGUUCCAGCGGCUUUGACCGUCAUCGACAGGACUGGGUGGAUAACAGCUGCCCUGACGAGACUAAAGAUAAAAGCUGUGACUUGGAUAGCGUCACCCACCUCCACCCUUUCACCACUGUUCCACUGACCAAGAGCACGGGCAGAAAACAAGGCAGCACCGCCGCUGCCAGGCCAGAGCUGUCCUCCACACAACCUCCAACCAGCGCCCCAACGGAAGAUGACACCAAGAUUGCCCUACAUCGUCAAGACAACGGAGCGGCAGCGGCAGAGAGCACUCAGGAGAAAAACACACACUCCAUACACACAGGUCUGAUCCUGGGCAUGCUACUGCUCAUGCUCAUCAUGGUGACCGUCGUCCUGGUAACCGUCUACAUCUACCACCACCCCAGCUCUGCAGCCGGCAUCUUCUUCAUCGAGAGACGACCAAGCAGGUGGCCAGCCAUGAAGUUCCGCCGUGGUUCGGGUCACCCCGCGUACGCAGAGGUCGAGCCAGUGGGCCAGGAGAAGGAGGGCUUCAUCGAAUCUGAGCAAUGCUGA